UAACAUGAUCAUUAUCGUAAAGAGAGAAAUAUAAUAAUUAUAAUGGAGGUGGUGCUUGAAGUACCUGAACACGAGCAUCCACUAAAGCUCUUUGAUUUGCAGCUACAAUAUCCACACUAUGAAGAAGAAGAAGAAGAAGAAAAAGAAGAAAAAGAUCCGAUUAUGAAAGAGGGGUUUGAAGGUGUCACGUGUCAGAGGUGUAGGGAAGAAAUCCAUAUGUACCACAGGUACUACUACACAUGUUCAUCAUCAUGUGAUGAUUUCUCACUUCACAAAUUUUGUGGUGAGCUCCCGUCAUGGUUAGUCCACCCAUCACACCCACCACAUACUCUUCACCUGGAACCAUAUUCAGAUUUAUAUUUGGAACGGAUAUGCAAAAUUUGUAUGAGACAUCACAAGCCUGGAGAAUAUCAUUACAACUGUCAUGAAUGUCGUUUCUCCAUUGAUGUCAAGUGUGCCUUGGAAGUUGGAAAAAAUAUCAUCUAUCAUCCUUCCCACCCUCACUUGCUAAUAUGUGCCAUCCCUAAGCCCAUUUUAUGCCACUGUAAUGCUUGUGGGGAGGAACAUAAAGGCAUCUUCUAUCAAUGUAGUACCACUUGUGGUGGCUUCACCAUACACACUGAAUGUGCUUUCCUACCACAAAAAUUGCUCAUCCAACAGAGAACACAUGGUUCUUUUUAUCAUACCCAUCCCCUCACCAUUUCAUAUUCCUUCCCCUUGAAAGAUCAACAAGCUAAGCAUUUUCCUAGAUGCAGAGUAUGUGGUGGUGAUUUUUAUGGUAAGGAUGAUCUUUGGAUUUACAAAUGCGAUAAAUGUCUCUACUAUGUCCACGUGGAUUGCGUAAGAGUGCCGCCUCCAACUGCCGGCUUUGGCAAAACGGCUAAAAAUUAUGUUGACCAUCCUGGUCUUCUCCAUCUCCCAUUCCCUGAUGAAACAUACAGCCUACCAAAACACUACUUGAUUUUCCAACAAAGUGGAACAAGAAAUCAUAAGGUAGAUGAUCACCUAAUCCACAUGAGUCAUCAACACCCUCUGAUUCUAGUUAAUCACACACAUAGCAAUGAGCAAACCUCCUCCUCCUCAAAUUCUUUGUUAUUAAUAAAAUGUCAUGACCCAAUGAAAAAGACCCGACUGUUAUGCAAUGGAUGUCUCAAACCAAUCAUGUCCACCAUGCCUUUUUACAUAUGUGAUCACCAUAGUUGCAAUGACUUUGCUCUCCAUGAGUGGUGCACUCGACUACCCUCAGAACUACAAAACCACCCGGGCCACCCACACCAUACUCUCCAUCUCAUUUACUCAAACAUCCCUGGUUGCUUUUUUGAUGUGUUCCUUUGUAAUGUUUGUAGUCUACCUUGCAAUGGAUUUGCGUAUGGUUGUGUCGGAUGUGAAUACUAUGUUGAUGUUACAUGUGGACUUAUACCUAAACAAAUCACACAUGAAGCUCACCCCAAUCACCUUCUUUCAAUAGAUAAAUCAGUCGCUUUGUUUUUUUGUCAAAUAUGUCUCGAAAGCGAUCAACGUCGUGAAUGGUCUUUCAGAUGCAACAUUUGCUAUAUCUUUAUGCAUCCCGAAUGUGCUUUGUUAUUAGCUAAGACAAUCAGGCACAAGUGUGACAAGCAUCCAAUGCACCUUAGUUACCACCCGAUUGAGAAUCAUAAGAGUGAAUACUUUUGUGAAAUCUGUGAGGAGGACUUGAAUCCUCAUAUGUCUUUCUAUCAUUGUCAAGAUUGUGCUCAGUCUGUGCAUACAGCUUGUGCUCAAUCAAUACUUCAGAACGAGACACAUACCUAUAUCGAGUAUCGGAGAGCUACUCACUAUUUCGUGAAUAUAAAGUUUGGAGGCAUUCAUAAGACUCAUAGUCACCCACACCCUCUCUCUUUUUCUCAAGGUAUUGUGUUGGAUGGUGAAUGUAGUAAUUGUCAUCGGCGAUUACAGUACAAAAUGAUCUUUAAAUGUCUCAAGUGCAAGUUUGCAAUUGAUUACGGCUGUUGUAAGAAAUACUACAUAUGAAGUUUUUGGUUUCUCUUCCUCAUGUUUGAAACCAUAUACGAUUUGUAAUUGUCAUUACUCUUUCUUCGCCUUAAUUUUAUGUGUAUGAUGGAUGAUACAAUAAAGUAACUGAAUUUAACGAGUC